CUGAGCACAUGUUCUCACAGAACCUGCACUGCCUUCUGAGAAGUGGCAUGCGCUCCAGAAGAGAGAUGAAAACGCUACAGCUUCUGGUUCUGACUCUGCUCACACUGACCGGUGUUCUCUCAGAUGGUGAAUAUGGUGUGAAUUAUCCUGAGCCUGAGAUCUGCACUGUGAGAGGAUCUGAUGUCAUCAUUUCCUGCGCUUAUUUCUACCCAAAGUCAGGGCAGCAGGUGCAAAGAGUUUUCUGGUGCUCAAUGAACUCAAAUUCAGAAAAGUGUCACGACGGACCGUAUGUUUAUAACAGUGACUCUCCUGCAGCUUCAGGAGACUUUAAGUAUGUUGGUGACAAAACAUCAAACUGUACUUUAUUAAUCAGUAAUGUACAGUUCAGUCACUCUGGAGAGUAUAAAUUCAGAUUUAUAACUAAUGUCGAUAAAUGGACAGGUGACCCUGGAGUGACUCUUAACGUGUCAGUUGUGAAGGUGUCGAUGAUCAGACUGUCUGGAAACGGGACUCUAAAAGAAGGAGACUCUGUAAAUCUGACUUGCGCUGAGAACUGCACUCUCAGCUCUCCACAGUUUGUGUGGUUUAAGAACAAAGAGCGUUUACCUGAAUCAGGCUCUGUUCUUCACCUCCCUGCUCUGACUGUGAGGAACUCUGGGAAUUAUUCCUGUGCUUUGAGGAACCACGAGAACUUCACGUCUGAAAUGAUCAGCCUUGAUGUGAAAGGUGUUCUCUCAGAUGGUGAAUAUGGUGUGAAUUAUUCUGUGCCGAUCUGCGCUGUGAGAAGAUCUGAUGUCAUCAUUUCCUGCACUUAUUUCUACCCAAAGUCUGGGCAGCAGGUGGAAAGAGUUCUCUGGUGCUCAAUGAACUCAAAUUCAGGAAAGUGUCUGGACGGACCGUAA